AUGGCAUUUAUUGCACGCAGCAGCGCAUACAGUAUCAUCGAUAGCCCACCGACAUCAUCGGUGAGCUGCGAUAUGAAUAUGGAAAUUGAUUCAACGAUGUCAUUCAAAGAGUCAAAAUCCAUCCCGACACCAGCCUGUCUAAAGAAAUUGUUGGAAAACGAAGCUGCCAAGCAAGCCAUGUUUGAUCUUGGUGUUGAAUUGGUGUGCAAUACAUCAGACAAAGUGUAUGUCAUUUCACAAGAUGAUUACUUUGGGUAUGAAAGCGGUGGUACUUAUGCAGAGUUGUACAACUUUUGCUGGGAAGGGUCUGGUGGCGGCUUUCACAUUUGGAAUCUUGGAACAGGGAACCAUCCAGUUGUGUUUCUUGGAAGUGAAGGGGAACGUGCCAAAUUGGGUGCCACGGUAGAAGACUUUUUGCAAGUGGUAUGUUCUCUUCAACCUUGUAUAAUGGAUGUGAUUUUCGGACUGCCUCUUGCUGGGGGUAUAGAAGAUGAAACGGACAUGAACAAGGCAUUGGCAACUGAUAUGGAUGUGAAGGAGACGAUUCGGUUUGUGGAACGAACUCAAAGGCAGAGCAACGAGGACAAUGAAGAUUCUCAGCUGGAAGCUGCCAAAAUUGUACUGGGUACCAUUGGUCGUCCGUUCUUAUCCAUACGAGAAGCAAUGGAAAAGGUUGUUACUGCCCACCUGUCAGAACCUAGAUUCAACCCACAACCGACAGAUGAUUAG